AUGGAUCUAUUGGCGUGUACCCCAGCACUCGGUACUAUCUGCGAGUUACUCGCCCUUAUAGACACCCGAUCCCUUCGAAACUUCUGCCUCACAAACAGUUAUCUCAACAAACUAUGUCGUAUUUACUUGGUUUACCGAUGGUCCAACAGCAAACAUUGUCCAGAGCCAAGCAUCAAGUGCUUUGCGCUUCAUCUCCAAAAACAUCCCGAACUUCGAACCAAGGUCAAGAUCGUCGACUUUGGUGUACUGCAAUAUUCACCGCAGUCAGAAUCUGGUUCGAGUACAAAUUCAAACUACGAUCCUAAGCUCGUCAGUCUCGCUGAAGAGCUUCGUCCCGAUAUUGACUACGAAAGCUUAUACGACAAACCUGCCUUGCUGGAAGAUAUCAAAGGUGGCUGCGAAGACGCGAUUGCUGUGGUGAUUUUGGCCUGGUGCAAACGGAUAACGCACCUAAACAUGACCAUUCCUGAAUUCGAUAUCAACGACCCGCAGAGUUUCAACGUCUGGUGUUUGAGAUUUGUAAAUGAAAUUGCUCUCCAAAACGAGCUGGGUACCAGCAAUUUACCUCUUGCACAACUUCAUUACGUCGAACUGAUUCCAAGAAAUCCCGAAGUCGCCACUUACUGGGAACUGGUAACUCCAUUCAUCCAUCUGCCAAGCGUCAAGUCUCUCGCGGCGUGGAGACUCUCUGAUGCAGAACCUUUAAGGAAUACUUGGCUUACCACGAAAACGUCACCGGACGAAGAUGACGACAAUUACUCAAUUCGGUACUUCUUUAAUUCGCUGGAUCGCAUCUCGAAUGUCGAGGAGCUUAUCCUGAAGAACUCGGGUUUUUUUGACGAAAGCAGGGGACUUUCUGACCUUCUUUGUGCCCCAUGCGGGCUGAAAAAGCUGACUCUCUGGCCUUGCAACGACCACGAAUUCUUUAAUUUUCCCAGCCGUGAUGAAUUGGCCGAGGAUAUUAUAUCAUGUCAUGAAUCACUUGAGGAACUCGACUUGAAUUUUGACCGUAUGCCUAGAUUCAUUCCCCACGGCGCAGGUACUCCCCCACUGAGACCAGAUCCUGUGGCCGUAAAGGCGUACAGAAGAUGUACUCGGCUUCGACGACUUGCUUGUCCGAUGGUGGGUCUCUUCUCAGAUGGACGCGUCGAAAACGGAAAUGAGACUAGUCAUUAUGAGAUGAGCAUUGUUCUUGAUAGGCUGCCCAAGUCCAUUGAAUAUCUCAAACCCCGACGACGUCACUUUUACAGCGACCGACCGACCAGGAAGCCGUUCAUCGAUGGCUUCAUCGAGCUAUUAAGACAAGCCACACCAGGCGGACGAUUGCCAAACCUGACGGUUCUGGAUUUCACCGACACCUUUGUCGAUGAUCCAGAAACGGAGGGCAUUGACGAGAUGAAAGAGCUUGCCAAGAAGCAGGGCGUUAAGCUGUUGCUGGCUCAAAGACAAAUUUGCGGUAAUUAUUCCAGUUUCCUCAAGAUCAUAUUUUGCAUAUUAACAUUCUUGUAG